AUGAUUUAUAAUGAAAAAUUAAUAAAAAUGAAAUUUUUUCAAAUUUAUAUUGUUACAGUUAUUCUUUUACUUGCUUUUUAUCACACAAAUGGAUUAAAAUCAAGUCAUUUUGAAGUAGUAGAAAAUAGUGAUGAUAAUGCAUUAGUGAGAAUUGAAAGAUCUAAACCAGAAAAUGAAACUAAUAAUGAUGAACAAAAUGAUGAAAAAAAAGUUGAUGGCAAAUCAGAUAUUUCAGAUGCAACUUUGAUGGUAGAAGAUGAUACUACAAGUACACCAACUUGUACUGGUAGCAUAUUAAGCUAUAUUUAUGAUUUCCUUGGCUAUAUAUGUGAUUACUUUGCAUAUUUAAUGAGAUAUUUUACUUCAUUUUUUGGAUAA